UAGUAUCCGCUUUUGGCUGCACCUUCUGCCAGGAGUUUUUAUUGUAACUUAUUCUGCACCGCGGAGAAAUAACUGAAUGUCAUGAGCACAGUCCGGAGGAGGUCCAAUACUGCACAAUCAGUCCUUCGCAAUCUCCCUGGACCACCUCCGCAACCUUUGAAGCUCGGAGAUGUCAAAGUUCUCAAUUCAUGGGUACACGACCAGAAGGAGUCAUCCACCGCCAUAUUGAAUCAAACAUGGUUGCCCGGUGUAGCAGAGGGAGACAUGCUACAAUUCUCGGGUUGCAAUGCAGGGAAUGCCACUGCUGGGUAUCUAUUCAUGGUUCCAAAGGACGAAGGCUGCCCGAAACCCGCAUUACAGAUUUCACUUCCAAAGAAUGUCGCAGACGCGUUUGGGAUAAAGAACAAUGGCGAGGUGACCGUAACGAAAGUGGAUAAGCAGCUGUAUUGCGCAGACUAUAUCGAGUUCACAUUCCAAGACCAAUAUCUUGGUCGAAAUGAAAUGUGGAGACUGGCCGAACACCUUGUGGGGCAGUGUGUAUUUGUCGACCAGGAAAUAUCCUUCAUAAGCGUGAUCGCCGCCAAGAUACAAUCCAUUUAUGUCAAGGGUCGAAAAGUAUCUGCAGGAUACGUUACUGCCACUACCAAAGCGAUAUACCGGUCUCUCUCUGCGAAGGUGACAAUCUUCAUUCAAGUCUGCCGUGAACUCUGGGAAUUUGCGGGAGAUGGUGAACGCUACAAUGAGAAAAUCGUACACUCAUUUCUCCCGGCCUUAUUUACAAAGUGGCGCGAGGCUGGCACGAAUCACACAGUCACCAUCGUGCUUAUCUCGAGGGUGUAUUACGAUGACUCUGAAAAAGAGUAUGCCGCAGGACCUCUAAGACUGGAUGAAGAUGGUCGACGGUACAAGGAUUUUUACAAGGUUAUUACUGACUUGGAAGUCAUUCAUGACUGGAAACCUACACUUGUAGGACUCAAAGUGUCCUUCUGGGCCUUCCAAAGGGAUAUCUUGCUCGCCCAUCACUACCACCAAGCCUCUGUCGAAUCUACCCCACCAGAGCAAGCCAGACUCGUUGGUCAGCUAUCGGAUGCGCAUGAUGGUCCUAUUUUGGAGGCUCUCAACUUGGGCCUUAACCCAAACGAAACGCACUACAUCGAUCGCUCACUGUCAAACACUGGGGCAUCAACCAUCCUCAUCACCCCUGGUACAGGCUAUUACAAAGUGUCCAAGCAAUUGCUCCGAUUAACCACAACCCGCAUGCUCGACCAGGGCUUCGGCUUGGAUCUCGUAUCAUUAGCAAAACGCCCUUUACACCAGACUCCUAUAUUCGCUUUCAAGGGAUACGAGCCACGUUUGGAUAAGGACGGGAAGAACGGCGGCCGAGCCCUAGAUCCGCUUUGGGGAGGUGAUGAAGACCCAGAUGAGUCCAGGAGAUUGGAGAAGACUACGUUCUGGUGGGAACCAUUCUGGAUAGGUGUUUCGUUCUGGGACAAGCAGAUGGAUCUACCUUUUCGCGAGGAUAGGUUCGUUGCCAGAGCAAAAAUGCAUGAGAUACAGAUGCUCGGGCUGCUCGAGCAUGACGUCCUUUCUGGCAUAGAAGUCCCUUACCUCCCAGAGUUACGUGACCCAUACGCCACGCCGCCACGAGAUAGCUUUUCGGAAGAUGACCGUACUCCCACACAAGCAGAUGCUGAUCAAGCCGAUAUGGAUGUGUUCAUCUUGAAGAAAGAGUCCCGGACCGUUACCAGCACGCGCAAUUCAUAUGGCUCUUCUACGGGUGGGACUAUCAUGGCUUCGUCCUAUCGUUCAUCGAUCAUGAGUGAGAGACGUGGGCUGGCAUCACAACGCAGUUCUAUCGCGUCCACGCGUAUAGCACCAAUUGAAGAGAGCCCCAGAAAGAUCAUCAUGGAUCUACCUCCUGAAGGCAAUGAAGAUGGGCUGCUACCCUCCGUGACCGGACUCAGCAGAUCUCCUUCGCAAUCCUCCAUACGUUCAGUGAGAACCAAUGCGUCUGUCACAACCAAUAACGGAAGUGACCCACAAUCGCGCAAUGCGAGCUCUUCCCGUCUUGCUAAAAUUGCAUCCUCUUGGUUUUACAACCCCUUCCAAAGAAGCUCGGGUGACUCUCAGACACCUUCGAUUCCUACUUCACCAGUCUUAGUUCCUACAUCUCCCCCCACUCCAAGCAUGCGUGUCCCGAUCGCAUCAAAUCUCUCCGCUACAGCUUCUGCUUCGCUUUCCCGCUCACCUCAGCCAAUGGCCAUAUUGCACGGUGCAUCCGGUCGAUCUGCUCUGAGCAGGACGUAUGAGGAAGAAAGCAUUCUUCCACAUCGAAGCUCCUUGAAUCGGCAUUCACCGCUGAAUACCCCUCCCCGUGAUGAAAGCACCUUUGGGAAGAGGCGCAAUACGACACUAAAUUCGUUCAACCUGCCCUUCUUGUCGUCCUCCCCGAUCCCGACUUGUCGUACCAAUCCGUCGCGACCCCAAUCUACAGUCUCGUACGCGCAGUCUUCACUUGCCAGACGCUGGCAGCAUGUAUUUCCUACACCCACAUACAAGCACGAGGUGAAAUGGAAGUCUAUGGUCACUCCAGCGUGUCUUCCGCUCACAGUGGACCACUUCCCCAGCAAUUCGGAGCUAGAAUUGUCAUAUGAUGUAUUCUCGUAUGACUUUGUGGUCGAUCCGACGGAGAUGCGUUCUUUCCUCGUGAAGCCGCCUUCUGUUCAGGGGAACACCGAUGAAGUGCGACGUGCGUGGGCACUCACUGUAAUGCGUGGUAUGGUUGCCGUUCGACUUGCACAAGGGUUCCAGUUUGUCUUGCGACCGCAUAAAACGGGUGACGGUGAAGACCACACAACCAUGCGGCGGACGAAAUCUUUCAUGGGCGAGGACGAUGCAUCGCCAAAGCCGACUGGGGCAGCGGAAGUUCUCAAGUCCACCAAUCUACCUGUUUACUUGAGCAUGAGCAAUGAGAUUCAUCGGAUAUCUUAUACUGGCGAGGCGAUCCAGGUGAGGCGGUAUGUGAGAAGGAUGCCGCCGAGCCAACCCUUUGAGUACGAGUGUCUUAUUUGGCCUAAGCUCGGGGUGGGGUAUACGGAGUUGACGACAAAGUUCGUCUCACAUGGGCUGGAAAAUUUCGGCUGGAACAGAUUGGAUAUGUUGGUUGCUGGCUACGAACACCAAUUCAAUGAAUCCUUGCGAUACUGGCGCACUCGAUUCGUAGUCAUACCGUCCGCCGUCCCUGAGGGUAAUGUGGGACCCUCUGGAGAGAAACUCAACGACGAAGAAAUUCGGCUUAUGGGAAUCGACAAGCUUGCUGAAAUAUUCACAAAAUUGCGGUGGCAACCUCCGGAUGAGCGUGGUUCAUCCAUUGCACCCGUACGCUUCCUCCCUACGACACUCGGCCCUGCACACUCUGUCCUGGACGAGUCGCUAAUGGCACAGCUGGACGAAAUACAUGCUGCAGGACCCCUGAAGAAGAAAAUGCAGAGCACCAGGGAAAUCGCAGAUACCCCUCUUUCGUUGAUUGCGAAACUCAUGCGUGAAGAGGAUGGCGUACCGAUCAAGUUUCAUCAGUGGCAUGGAGCGAAGUAUCCUGAUUCUUUCACUGGGUUUGACCUUGUUUCGUGGCUUGUGCGCGAGUUCCGGGAUGUAUCGUCAAGGGAGCAAGGUGCUGAAUGCGGGGCGAGGCUCCUUGAACAAGGGUUGUUCUCCCAUUGCCGAGGACGCCACGGCUUACUCGACGGGCAUUACUUCUAUCAGCUAAAUGGUGAAUAUGCAACCGUCAGCACCCCGAGAGGAGGAUGGAUCAAGACAUCUCGUUACAUCAACAGCGAUGAGAUCAGCAUCACUAGACCAGGGGGAUAUUACCCAUCCAGUCUCAGUAGACCCUGUGGAGUUAGGCGGAACAGGAAGUGUCUGAUCCUGAGCCAAACUAUGGUGAUCGAUAUUGACCCUACCAAGCGGAGCGACCAGGCUGAAUCGGUAGUUCUUCACCAUGACAUCAUUCAAAACCCUGGGACAGUCUUUCACUUUGAGCUGCAAUGGAUCGGAUCCACUGCACGUUGCAUUGAAGACUCGCUUCGGCAAUGGAGCCGGGCGAUUGAGAGGUACGGCCUCAAAUUGAUCGAGGCCUACGUUAUGGAAAUUAGCGAUAUACGAGAAGGCAACGCGUUCCAGUCUUGCUUCCCUUUGCGUUUGGUAAUACCACCACCCAUCGUUCCAGGUCUUGAGAAACGGGUACCUGAAGGAACGCACACCACGCAUUACUUUGAAUAUGCAAUUCUCAAACACUUUGACUUUGUGCUUGAUGUGGAGGCCACCAACCUAUACCCGAAGGAUGUGGACGUCUCCUACUCUUAUCGCCGAGCACCUUUCAAACAUUCGCAAUUUGUGCAUCGGUCUGGUGUCGCGUUUGUGCAGGUUAUAGGUGGUUCGCAGGGGCUCUUGUUCCUGACUAACCGUUUGUUGGGUCCAGGUCGCAUGGGUAGUGCAAUGAAGAGUAAGGAGCAGAGACCUGAAACUGUGGCGGAAGAGAUUCGGAUAAAGAUGCAGGAGUUCUGCUCGGACGAAGCUACAUUGAUACAGUUUUAUGAUGAGGAGCUGGCUGCUCUUGGGCCGGAUGACCCUCCACCACUUAGUAUAUGAUGUGUUCGGUGUAUCGUAAUGGAGGUAGUAGUUU